GAGAAGGCAGCCAAGGACCCACCUUUGGCUCUCCGUCUCAAAGCCACAAUGACUUCCUACACGGCCUACACCGGCUACAGCAAGCCUCCUCAGUCCUACGUAGGCACGUACUACGAUGAAAAGCAAGGCGAGAAUUACACGGAUUCGGUGUACGAGGAGAAGAAAAGGAUCGAGAAAAAGGAGCGCCGGGAAGCUAUCUGCUGUGAGGUGGUGGCCCUGGUCAUCGGCUUCAUCGGACUUAUCGGCGUGUCAGCCGUCACGGGCCUGCCGAUGUGGAAGGUGACCGCCUUCAUUGAGGAGAACAUCAUAGUCAUGGAGACCCGCUGGGAAGGUUUGUGGAUGAACUGCUACAGACAAGCCAACAUCAGGAUGCAGUGCAAGGUGUACGACUCCCUGCUGUUUCUGCCCCCGGACCUGCAAGCAGCCCGGGGCCUGAUGUGUAGCUCUGUGGCCCUGACCACCUUCGCUCUCAUCGUUUCUGCCGUGGGGAUGAAGUGCACCAAAGUGGUGGACCACCGGGCUCGCACCAAACACAUCGUCCUCGUCUCCGGAGGCUGCCUGUUCCUCAUGGGCUGUAUCACAACCAUCAUCCCCGUGUCCUGGACCGGCCACGUCAUCAUCAGGGACUUCUACAACCCCCUCUUGAUUGACGCCCAGCGCAGGGAGCUGGGAGAGGCUCUCUAUAUUGGCUGGGUGACCUCGGCUUUGCUCUUCACCGCUGGAGUUAUCCUGCUGUGCCGCCAUGCCCCCCGCACUCAGGACCAAGAGAGGAUUGUGUACAACGCAGGGGGGAAUCUGUAUCAACCUGGAUACACAUACCAGCCAUAUUCGUACCAGCCGGGAUACACGUACCAGCCUGCCUACUCUGCUGCCCCCGCGGCAUCCGUGAUAUACACACCGAACCGAUUCCAGUGAGGGUAAAUCAAAUACAGAGGCAAUUCCGGACAUAUUCUGUUUAAAAAUGCAUUGUGGGACAGAUUUCCUGCUGCAUUUCUCGCCUCUGUCUAAUAUGUUUUCCCAUGUACUUGGUUAUUGUGGUUAACUGAUAACCAGUUUCAUGCGAAUAUGUGCGAUAAUUAACUCUGAAUCAACACAACUGACUGCCCACACUGUGCUGAACUGCUCUGAGAGCAAAAUAUACCCAAGGCCUUUGCCCAGUUUUACAGCGGGCUAGAUUGAUGUUUAUUACAGAGUACAUAGUAGCUCUUUGCACAUGUGUACAUAGACAAUUCUACAGUACUACCAUUUAAUAUCUACGAUUUAACGCUAUCUUUGGUUUAAAAUAAAAUGGAA